UUCAUGGCGGAGAGCGAUCGCAAUCAUUCAAGUGAAAUGGAAGCAAGACUCGACGGGAAAGAUCAUCGAUGGCUAUCUACGGCGGAAAUAUGUGAUGUUCUUCGAAAUCCUAACGGAUUUACAAUUUCUGAGGUGCCUGAAUAUAUGCCACCAAGUGGAUCCUUUUUUUUUUUUGAUAAGAACGUGCAGAGGCAUUUUAGAAAAGAUGGCUAUGAAUGGAAGAAGACAAAAGAUGGAAAGAUUGUUAAGGAAGCCCAUGAGAAGCUCAAGGUUGAAGGUGUUGAUGUAGUGCACUGCUACUAUGCUCAUAGAGAAGAUGAUAAUGAUUUUCAACGACGCAUUUACUGGUUGGUUGAUAAGAAUCUCUCAAAUAUGGUUCUUAUCCACUAUCGGGAUAUAAAGGUUAUGCCUCACACUGUCAGUUCCAAUCCAAGUAAUUUCCAGCAUUCACAAGCUACAUAUGCGACAAACUUGAAUAGUACUCAGACAUCAGAGCCCGAAAACACUGUUUCAGCAUCUAAUCACCUAGCAAGUCAUGGGGUACUCUAUGUUCCUGGAUAUGAGAUUGCUUCUUCUAUUUCCAAUUCAAGUAAUUUCCAGCAUUCACAAGCUACAGAUGCGAUAAACUUUCUAGAUUUUCAAGAUAAUUGGUUCGAGAAUUUAUUUAUUGACCCUAGUGAUGGGGGAAUCCCCGAGAAUUCAUGUACUGGGUUACCUGCCUGCACCAACUCGAGUGCUGCGGUGCAGCCAAGUCAUUCAUCUCUUGGAAAAAGGCAAUGCGAUUCCACUAACUCCAAGGCCACACCCCUUGCAACCAUGGAAGGAGUAGAUGAAGAGGAAGAGGGAAACAAUACAAACCAAUCGCGGAAGCGACUCAAAGUCACCUGUGGCCAGAAGUCAAUUGCUACUUCUGCUGCAACCAACAUAACUGCUGCUCCUGAGUCUAGCACUCCAGCCAUGCUGCAAUCAAGACCAACCUCAGAUGCCAACCAAGAUUUUGAGAAUCAAGAGCAGGAACUCGAGCCUACCUCUAUUGAGCCAGAAAAUGGCAAAAGCAAGGCUGUCGUUCAAAAUGAUUUUGGGUCAAGAAAGAGUCAUGAGUUUUCAAAAGUUGCAGUUUGGGACUCCUAUAAAAGCCUCCUUGAACUUUUAGGCCGAGGGUUUGCACCCAAUACACUGGCCAGCUCCUCUAUUUCUACUCCUGCCACAGACUCGCAAGCCAUAGAAACAGUCAGAACUUUUCUAGAAAUGGACUUUGCUACUAUGGUUGGCAGUGUUAAACAAACUGACAUGAUUUCACACAUUAAGAGACUCGUAGUUUCUAGUUGGUUUCCCUCUGACAGCGGCAAAACAAGCAUUUUGCAAUAUUGGAGCAGCUAGAGCAACCUAUUUGAGACUAUUCCGAGUAUGAUAAGGGCAAAAAAUUGAAUGCCCAAGUCGAAGAUAUGAGAAAGCUUCUUGAAAUUAAGGUUCAGUUUUGUGAUAGCAAGAUGAGAGACUAUCAAAGACUUGAGAAUGAGAGAAAGCAGAUUGUAGCCAAGCAGGCUGUAAUAUGUGCUGAAGUUGGUGGCGCCGUCAAAGAGACUGAACGGAACCAGGCAGAACUCAAUGAAUUGCUCCCACAGCGAGAUCAAUUUAUACAAAAUGAGGCUAAUCUCAAGACCAGCUUGGUUAUUGGAGAUGGCUACUGGACAAUCUUGAAGAAAGUAAUUUUCGACAACCUCGCUCUGUGACUUUUUCUUUGGGUUGCAUUUGGGCUGCAAUUGUUAUUCUUUUACUUUUCUUUUUGGUGGUGGAUCUUAACAAAUUCGACCCAUAAUAUACCAAAAUGGC